UUCAGCACUGCGCGAACGAGCGCCUCCAAAGUGCUGUAAUUUAGUAUAGUAUUACAAAACAAAACACACUUCAGAAAACUGUACAUUAUUUUCAUACUGUUUGCUCAUCAUCAACAGGGCUUAAUACCUUGAUUAACCGACCCUUAGAUUAUAACUUUCGGUGACGUAAAGUAUGGCAUUGACACUGAGGAAUUAGUAUUUCCUAUUUUACACGUAACGUUUUACAUAAUUAAUUGUUUUUUGAUUUUUUAUUUACGUAUUAACGGUGUCUAGAAGAGUACUUCGAGUAACGAAUACCAUAGUAGGAGUUGCUGAGAUUAGAAUGUAGCUAUGUGAGAAAAGGGAAGAGCAAUGACGGGAGUUCAGCCUGUGGAGACUGCGUGUGAAAGUGGAGAGCCACUGCCUGAUGUCACCCACUGGAAGGAGUUCGUGUGCGGCGGAGGCGCCGCCUUCUGCAACAUCAUCAUUAGCUACCCUCUUAACAAACUCAUAUUUAGACAGAUGAUGCAUGGAGUUGAAACAACUUUUGCCUUAAAUCAACUACAAAAAGAGGGAGCAGCAUAUUUGUAUCGUGGGAUGCUGCCACCUCUGUUGCAGCGCUCUGUGUCCAUGUCCCUCAUGUUUGGAGUGUACAAUGAAGUUCUGCAACCUCAACUAAACUACUGUGUUAAUCCUUAUGUUGCCAAAACAGUAGCAGGCUUGGUGGCUGGCUGUGUAGAAGCAACCCUCAUGCCGUUUGAAAGGAUCCAAACUUUACUAAUCCACCCUAAGUUUCACAAGGAGUUCAAAAAUACAGCACAUGCAACUCGACACAUUGCAGGUAGGUAUGGGAUCAAAGAAUUUUACAGAGGGCUCACUCCCAUAUUAAUGAGAAAUGGUCCCUCAAAUGCUAUGUUUUUUAUAAUACGUGACGAAGUACGGCUACUAUUGCCACCUCAAGAGCAAGUGCUAUAUAAAAGUCUUCAAGACUUCCUGGCGGGCGCAACCAUUGGUGCUUUUCUAAGUACUUUAUUUUAUCCCCUGAAUGUCAUUAAAAUUGCAAUGCAAUGUGAAUUAGGAGGACCUCAUAGAACAGUGGCAUAUGAAUUUAGUUAUAUUUUACGCAAACGUGGCUCUAAAUUUGCGAAUUUCUACCAUGGAGCUCUUCUUAACAUUUCUAGAGCAUUCCUAAGUUGGGGAAUAGUAAAUGCUUCUUAUGAGGUAUUUAGGAAAAUGCUUUAUGCCUAGUCAGCUGAAUGUAUUAUUGUGUGUGCAAUUGUGUGGGAUGUUUAUCAACUUCACAGAAGCUCAACAUAAUUGUAAACAAAUCUGUUGGAAGUUGUUAUAAAUAUGUAGCUUUGUAAUGGUAACAUCAAAUUAUUUUCUAAUAGCAGCAGUUCUUUGUUGUUACUGUGGUUUUGCAUGCAGUUUCUUUUAGCGGUAUUGUGUGAUAGCGUCAAAUAAGACUCACGCAGCUUUUGUUAUGGUCACGGCCACCAGCGGUGGUAUUCCUGCAGGGUAAACAUUCUGCUGCUAAUAGAAACUAAUUUUAAACUUGUGCAAGUUUGAUAUGAAUUGACAGGACUACUGUCAUUUUAUUAUUUUCCUUAAUUUAUUGUAUGUCGUAUUUUAAUCUAAGCAAGACCUUUUGGUGCUGUUAUGUAAAUAUUUAUUAGGUGUGUUAUUGCACAGUUUAUUUUAAGUAGCAAUUUUUUUUAACAAAAGGCAUUUAUGUUGAUAUUAUAUCGUCCGUUAUUGUUAUGCAUAGUAAUAAUUUAUGUACCUAAAUCAAAAAUUAUGUAAAAUAUUGAUAUUGUAGAUCAGUUCCACAAAUGUACAAAUGGGUGAUAUUUAAGCCGUGAACAACAAUUGAAUUUUAAUUGACUGAUAAACUUCGAAAAUGUUUAUUCUUUAAAGGGUCUGAUAUUUUUUACUAAGCUCGUGGGCAGACUGCGUCCGCGCCGUACUUGCUGUUUAGCCGCACAGCUAUCUGUAAUCCAAUUUAACAUUCACAAACCUUUAUAGUAAAGAAUAUUUACUAUAAUCGUCAGCCAAUCUAUCCUUCAUAUUACCCGAGCUUUUGCAUACCUACUUCAAAAUACCUAUUUGGAUGUUUGCGAAAAAAUCGACAAACAUUUUAACGUACCUACUUAUGUAUGUAUUUAUUAUAUCUCCUGAAGUUGUUUUCUAGAUAAUCAACUAGGAACCCUCAUAAUUCGUCUGCCCGUUAUGCUCCGUGAUAGUGCUCAAAUUUGAAACACCCUUACAUGUAAUAAACUAGUGUAUAUGAGAGGAGGAUAUUGUCUGAGGUACCUAUUUGUACUUCAACCUUAUGAUGGGAUGGAAUGAUGUAGGGAUAGAUACGUAUUCUCACUUAGUCGAAUAUAAAGUACACUCGGAUAAGACUCGACUAGGUAUUUAUCGACGUGAAACAGGAAAUCAGAAACGAGUGGCAAAAAAAACACGACCGAAGGGAGUGUUUAAAGGAAGAUUAAUACGAGUUACGAAUACUUUCACACACAUUUUAACUGUACAAAAUAAAUUCGUUGGCGUUGUAAUCACAGACUGACGUUGUAUAUUCACGACUUAAAUUUCAUGUACUUGUACAUUAAAUGGCCAUUCCAAAUACCUACCAUAUAUUACUACCGGGCAGCGCACCGCUGGCGCUGCCCUGCCGGCUUCGGGCUUAUUACUUUGCUGAUAGUUAAGACGCUACAGGAGCGAAAAUGCCAAAAUGGAAAGGACCCCCCCCCCCCUUUCAAUUUGGGAACUCUAGUUUAAUAUACU